GGCGCGGGCAGCCCGGCGUGGGGUCCUGGCACGGGCGCGGCGCUCGGCGCGGGCUCUUCGGCGGCUGCGGCCCGGGUGGCUGCCAUGCUGUGGCCGCGGCUGGCGGCGGCCGAGUGGGCGGCGCUGGCCUGGGAGCUGCUGGGCGCCUCGGUGCUGCUGAUCGCCGUGCGCUGGCUGGUGCGGCGGCUGGGCCCGCGGCCGGGGGGCCUCGGCCGCAGCGGGACCCCAGUCCCUCCGCCGCGCGCGGCCGCGGCCCCCGCCCCAGGUGAAAUGACAAUGGAUACCAUCUUGGCUCGAUUGAAACUUCUGAAUCCAGAUGACCUUAGAGAGGAAAUCAUCAAAGCUGGAUUGAAAUGUGGACCCAUUACAUCAACUACAAGGUUUAUUUUUGAGAAAAAGUUGGCUCAGGCUUUACUGGAGCAAGGAGGAAGGCUGCCUUCUUUUGACCACCAUGAGGCAGCUGCCAUAGCUCUCAGCCAAGACACACCAAGGAUUUUUGAGUCAGCUGAAGGGAACCCAGCUGAUCAGGCUGGUUUUUCUGGAGACAGAGAUUUUGGUUACAGUGUGGGCCUGAAUCCCCCAGAGGAGGGAUCUGUGACGUCCAAGACUGAGUUGUCCCCCAGCACUGGGGCGGGGGCCGGGACCCCCGGGGCUGGAGCGACUGAGUCUGCGGAGCCUCCUCUGUACUAUGGGGUGUGUCCAGUGUAUGAGGACGUCCCAGCAAGAAAUGAAAGGGUCCAUGUUUACGUAAAUAAAAAGGAAGCGCUGCAAGCCGUCAAAAUGAUCAAAGGGUCCCGCUUUAAAGCUUUUUCAACCAGAGAAGAUGCUGAGAAAUUUGCUAGAGGAAUUUGUGAUUAUUUCCCUUCGCCAAGCAGAACAUCGUUACCACUUUCUCCUGUGAAAGUGGCGCCGCUCUUUAGCAGUGAUGGGUCGAAAGAUGGUUUGUGCUUGUCUGAAUCGGAAACAGUCAACAAAGAGCGAGCCAACAGCUACAAAAAUCCCCGCACACAGGACCUCACCGCCAAGCUUCGGAAAGCUGUGGAGAAGGGAGAGGAGGACACCUUUUCUGAUCUCAUCUGGAGCAACCCCCGGUACCUGAUUGGCUCAGGGGACAACCCAACCAUCGUGCAGGAGGGGUGCAGGUACAACGUGAUGCAUGUGGCCGCCAAGGAGGACCAGGCUUCCAUCUGCCAGCUGACCCUGGAUGUCCUGGAGAACCCCGACUUCAUGCGGCUGAUGUACCCCGAUGACGACGAGGCCAUGCUGCAAAAGCGCAUCCGCUACGUCGUCGAUCUCUACCUCAACACCCCCGACAAGAUGGGCUAUGACACACCGUUGCAUUUUGCGUGUAAGUUUGGAAAUGCAGACGUAGUCAAUGUGCUUUCGUCACAUCAUUUGACUGUAAAAAACCCAAGGAAUAAAUAUGAUAAAACACCUGAAGAUGUAAUUUGUGAAAGAAGCAAAAACAAGUCUGUGGAACUGAAGGAGCGGAUCAGAGAGUAUUUGAAGGGUCACUACUAUGUGCCGCUCCUGAGAGCAGAAGACACGUCUUCUCCAGUCAUUGGGGAGCUGUGGUCCCCAGACCAGACGGCCGAGGCCUCUCACGUCGGCCGCUAUGGAGGCAGCCCCCGAGACCCUGUGCUGACCCUGAGAGCCUUCGCGGGGCCCCUGAGUCCAGCCAAGGCGGAAGAUUUUCGCAAACGCUGGAAGACUCCACCUCGAGAAAAAGCAGGCAUCCUUCACAACGUCAAGAAAUCGGACCCGGAAAGAGGCUUUGAGAGAGUGGGGAGGGAGCUAGCUCAUGAGCUGGGGUAUCCCUGGGUUGAAUACUGGGAAUUUCUGGGCUGUUUUGUUGAUCUGUCUUCCCAGGAAGGCCUGCAAAGACUGGAAGAUUAUCUUACUCAGCAGGAAAUAGGCAAAAAGGCUCAACAAGAAACAGGAGAAAGGGAAGGCUGCCGAGAUAAAGCCACCAUGUCUGGCAGCAAUUCCAUUUCCGUGAGGGCGUUUCUAGAUGAAGAUGACGUGAGCUUGGAAGAAAUAAAAAAUCGGCAAAAUACAGCUCGAAACAAUGGCCAGCCCAGGAUGGGUGCUUCUGGAAACGCGGGGUGCAGAGCCUUCCCUUCAGAGCAGGAGGCAGACCUCAUAGAAACCUCAGAGCCAGGUGGUCUGCGCAGCGGCAGAAAUGGGCUCUGCCCGCCUCCGAGUCACAGCAAGACCAUGGAGGGCAAGAAAGCAAAGGCACCCCCUGGGGAGGAAGCUCCUUUGCCACCUGUCACCGGUUUAACUGCUGAGUUUGAUAAACUGAAUUUGCAAAAUCUAGGAAGUAGUGCUUCUAAGACACCAGAUGAAAAUAUGAAAACCAAAGAGAAGAUCCCGACUUCAAGAAUCGAUGCGGAAGGAAGUGACUUGGAGGCGGCUUCUCCUGCAGACCCACUCGGGAAUGACCAGGGGAGGGCAGAGUGGGAAAUGUCAGCCAGGAUUGCUAGAAUGUCCUUGGGCACCAGCUGCGCCGGGCACGAGGGUCAGCAGCCCGAGCUCACGAGGGAAUCGGCCAGGCGGCUCUUCCUUUCUGGAGAGGAGCCGUCGAAACUAGAUCAGGAUGUUUUGGCUGCUCUUGAAUGUGUGGACGUGGACCCGCGUCAGUUCCCGGCUGUGCACAGAUGGAAGAGUGCCGUCCUGUGCUACUCGCCCUCCGACAGGCAGAGUUGGCCCAGCCCCGCGCUGAAAGGAAAGUUCAAGUCUUGGCCGCCGGAUCUCAGCGGACCUCACAGCUCCAGUCCGGGGAGAAACGGUGCGGCCGGGAGCAGCCCCAGGAAGCCGGGCCCGGGCAGCCCUGGGCGCUACAGCCCCGCGCGUGGGAGCCAGCUCCGCAGGAUGGCGCGCCUGGCCGAGCUCAGCGCCCCGUAGGCUCACGGCGGGGGCUCGUUUCGCUCUUCAUUUCUAAAGGAGGAAGGGUCGUGUGUUUUUUGCUAAAAUGUCACAAAGGAGUAUAUUCUUAUUAAAUUAUUAAUCCUCACUUUGAGGUGUGAGAAUUUUAGAAAAUUUACAUGGUUCUCUACAAAACUUAGAUUUCUGGUAUUUUGGAAGAAGUUGUAAGUUACUGAAACUCAGAUACCAGUUUUCUGGAAACUGUCAGUGUGGUAAUGGUAGACUUCAGGCGGCAAUUUCUAGGCCUGCAAUGUAGCAGAGGAAACGGCGGGGAGGGCCACGCACCCACCAGCGUCCCACGCGCGGACGGGGAGGGGCGUGGUGGAGGCCUUGGCAAUACCUGAGCUGUGUGCCUCCUUGCCGCGUCUGAUGGUAGCAGGGUCCCCGCUGGCUCGCCUGUAGGUCUCAUGGGUUAGACAGAGGGAGAAGGGGGCCGGCAGAGAGCAGGGAGCCCGAGUGCACCUCAAACAGCUUUUCUCUUGGGAAGUCCUGUGGCCCGUGGGAGUGAUGCCAGCAGCCACACCAAGUUCCCGGCAGUGGCACCCAGGUGUUCGGAGGUUUCAUCAGCACUUGAGCUUUCUCGGCCAUCUCAUUUAGGUGCCAGUGGAGCAGUCAUAAAACCUGUCGAUUGUUCUGUGUGAAAUUCAGAGGAUCCGUUGGGCAUAAAUGAUGAUAUGGUAAAGCUAUCCUUUAUUUUGGAGUUGGUUUCGGUUGGGGUUUCCAUUGCCUUACGUACAGAAGCUAGAGGUUUGAGCCGCGUUUCAGUCCCUGGCGGUGCUCACCGUAGCCUUCACCUUGGCUUUCAUGGAGGUCUGUGGUCAGAAUGCGAGAGGAGCUGGGAACGCAGCAGCCGUGAGCUCGCCGAGGUGACCAGGAGGCAGUAACGGGAGGUCAGUGUCUUCCUGGGUGUUACGGACAGCCGCUCACACGGUGGUUACUCUGUGGACAUUUCCAGUGUUUAAUCCAAAAUGAAAACCCACCAAUGCUUUUGCUAACUUCAGUGCCUUUUGUAAAUCAUUUAAAAUUUCCUGAACUUGCUUUUUGAGAAUAUAUACUGAUAUUAA